GUCUUGAAACCCUAACCCAGGCUUAAAAGCCUACUUUGAAACAUUAACCCUUGGUUGAAACCCUAUCUUUGGCUUCAUCAGACACUGAUUUGAAACCCUCACCUUGCAUGAAACCCUUUAGACCUGCCUUGAAACCGGACUUUUGAAUCCCAAGCUACCAACUUUCAAACCCCGGCGCGAACACCUCAUUUUAAAGCUGAAAGCUUCCACGAAACGGUAAGACUUGCUCCGAAACCCCGACCCUGGCUUGAAGCGACAUUCUAACCCUAACCCCGAAAUGAUCCGCAACACUCGCGCUUCGAGGCAGCAAACGUGCCAUCGCUGGAUCACGCCGACUGGGGCGGAUUACAAGUUCGCUUCUAUUUCCGGCGGGCUGAGCCUGGCCGUCAUUAGUGCACUCCGCUAUAAGGUGAAGCCGAGGAUUGCGCACCGGCGCGGUGCAAGCGACCCCUCCCGUAUGGCCCACGAUGCUCGCCGGUACCUAGCCUCCUUCCUCUCCAGACCCUUCCUGGGGUUCCGACGCAAGACCGAGCUCCUGGCCUACUUGUUCCUGUGCGUGUCCAAGAUGCCCUUCAUCCCGCCCGCGUCGCCGGCGGGGCCGGGCGGCAAGGCCGAGAAGGCGGCGGCGCCCCCGAAAGAAGGAGCCUCAGUCGAGGAGCGCCCGGAGUCCGACCUCGGGCAGCUGGGCAAGAGGAGCCCACCCGAGAGCCGGCCGCCCGCAGCCGCCAGGCGGCUACCGGAGCCCAGGAAAAAGGGCCCCUCGUCAAGGGCGCCCCCCGAGAGUCUCCCCGCAUCCGUGGCCAAGACCCACCAGAUCCGCCAGGCGAGAAGCCGAGGCAAAGCCCAUCCAGAGGAAACCCGAUUCACGCUGACCCUAACCCCCGAGGCAGUCGUCCUGCUUCAGAGGCGCAACAACAACGUCAUCAUCAAUAGCGCUGUUUCCGGAAGCGUCCCAGACUCCAGGCGACCUAGAAGGGGCCACCGCCCGUCCCCGUCCCCGUCCCCACGGCUCCACGGCCGGGCGGCGGCCAUCGGGACUCGCUACGACGUGAGCUCCACGGUGAAAGUGUCCCUGCUGAACGAGCGGCACCGCUACGACGACGUGGAGUACGAGGACGACGAGGACCGACGGGGAGCCGGGGUGGAUGAACGCGUGGUGCUCAAGUGCACCGAGUGGCUGCGGGGGCUGGAGAACGCGCCGGUUACGGCGGGACGUGGAAAGGCCGCGAGUGUGAAAAGCUCCUGAAGCCUACUUUGAAACGCAAGCCUUGGUUUCGAAGCUUGACAAGAGCAAGUUAACCGAGAGGAUGCUAAGGCUGCUAGGAAAACGCAGAGCAAAUGUUCGCUUCAUUUGGAAACCGAACUUGAAACCCUUACCCUGGCUAGCGCACACUUGAAUCCAUAACCCAGGGUUGAAACCUGAACUUGAAACUCUAUCCCUUACCCUAAUUUGAAAAAUAAACUUGAAACCCUAACCUGGGCUUUAAACCCUCAUUUGAAAUCCGAACCCUAACUAUUGCUUUGAAACCCCGAACUAAGACUUGAAACCCUAACCCUAGAUAGAAACACUUGUUUGAAACCCUAAUCCACAUGGAUUUCCUCAUUUGAAACCCAACUUUAAAAAACCCUCACUUGAAGCCCGAACCCUGUCUUGGAACCCAACUUUUAAACAUGAACCUUGGUUUGAAAACCUCACUUAAAACUCUUCCUUGGCGUAGAACCCUACUUUGAAACCCAAGCCCUGGCUCGAAACUCUAACCCUCAUUUGAAACCUUAAUGCUGUCUUGUAACCCUACUUUAAACCCUUUUACAAUUGGCUUCAAACCUGAACGCAGGCGUGAAAGCCUAAGUAGAAACUGGCUUGAAACUUAAUCUUGUAAGACUCAUUUAAAACCCUACCCUUGGCUUCAAACCUUACUCUAAAAACCCCAACCAGGACUUGAAAGCCUUAUUUGAAACCUUAACCCCGUGAGUCCAUUGCCUGCAAAUGAACAUUAAGCAACGAAUCCACCACAGGCUUUUGCUUUGUUGUCAAAUUGAUCCUCAUUCCUACAAAAAUGACUGAAAACACACUAACAAGGUCAUCUGACCAAAACUGUCUUAUGAGCGUAAAUGUAGAAGUUUAUAAAUGUACAUAACGUGACUGUGUUUGGAUGCUUUACGCAGUGUAGUAAAUUUGAUGAAGACCUGGCACCAUCCUGUUUUUUUUUUUUUGUUGUUGUGAUGAUUUUUAACACUUUCCACAAAUUAUUUUCAGUGUUUGGACAGAAAUGCUGUCAUUAAAAAACAAAUCGGAUUUAGCUGGAGUGUAUAGCCCUGAACAACGUUACUUUCAUUUAAUAGUGCUUAGUCACGAACACCAAGGCCACGUGGAGAUCUGAAGCAAAAAUGCAAACAUUGCAGUAUUCAAAUUCAGCAUUGCAAACAUUUUCAGCAAUGAUACUUUCGUCGCUGACCGAAUUUUGUGACUUAUUUCUUUUUAUCCGAAACAAUGACAUUUGUAUUGACCUGCUGGGAGCUUAGCAACCCCAAACCUCUUAUCCUACAAUCACCCAUAAAUGGAAUUAUUAUUUAAGCAUAUUUUCACAUUUUCCAAAAUGUAUUGCUUGCGUCGGGCAGAAACCUCGUAGCUCCAAAACCGUCAAAAGCCAUUUCCACAUCGUCAAAGAACAAUCCAUUUUCAACAUUUGAGAUUGGUCAAUAAUUUGUAAAAAUAACACACACACGUGUGGGGACUGACCAUAGUGUAGAUUUGUUUAAAAAAGUCUGAAUUUGACCAACUGUGGAAAAAGGAGGUUUCACACCGAUAGUGAUAUGAAAAGUCGCCUAUUGGGAUGUUAAGGCAGUUCAAAUUUCUUAAAGAGAAAACAAUCUGAUUUUACUGCGCAUACCCUAAAACGAAGUCCAAAAGUAAGAAUUAAUGAUGCGUUUCUUUUAUUAGCACUUGGUCACGCGACGCAAAGACACUUUAUGAGAUAGUACUUCAAAAACUAAAAGAUUGGAGGGACCAGAUUCCGAUUCAGCACUGCAAAAGAUUUCAACGAUAUUUUUGUCGCUGUGUAAAUUUCAUGAUUUUUUUUUUUCUUCGUAUCCACAUUUUUUAUAGCGCAUGUGAUUUGGAAACAAAUGAAAAAGUUUGCAUUGGACAGCAACAAUGCCCCUUCAACCAUGUCAGCUUUCUUUUUAAACUCCUUUCAUUGUGUUGUGAUUGAAUUUUUAAAGAUGUACAUAAAACAUAAUCAGAUAACAACUAAAGCAUACAUACUGAUAAUAAAUAAAACCUUUCCAUUUGACCGGCAUUCAUAACAGCCAAAUUCAUGGAUUUUACAAGUUACCUGGUAAAAGUGUAAACCCUCAAAUGUUUAUUUGUGCAGCCUGGAGGGCUGGACUACUAAGUAAAAUGUCUUCCGUGUGGCUUGUUGUGAUAAGAAGCUUUGUAAGGUCUCGGACAUUGGAUUACUGCACACUCGCUCCCCUCGUGUACUUCAAGUUGUGGAUUAGCCGCCUUGCCGUCAAAUGUUAAAACACGUGUGGUCAGGAUGGAAAAAAGGAGCUCAUUAAACAACUAGGAAUCCUUUCGUCCACUACACAAACAGUAUUCACGCAGACUGGCUACUGCAUCGGAUCUCCCUAGAUAUGUGCCUAAUGUUGUCUUAAGGUUGGUGAAAUAAAUAAGAAUUAAAGCUACA